AUGGUGCUCGCGAUAACCCCUUCCUUUCUUGCGAGGAGUGAUGUUCUUAUUGCAGAGGGACUACUAUGGAGGGGCACGAUUCUUAAACGGGUGAAGUAUGAUCGUGCCAGACGUUACGUGUCCUUGCGCGGUUCAAUCAUGCAGUGGUGGAACUCUUGGCAAGGGAUCUAUGAUUGGGAUAUGGUAGAUGACAACAUCGGUUUUCUGUCAUAUCCCUUGCCGUCGCAUCAGAUUGUCAGGCUGGGCCUCAAGGCACUCGCCUGGUGCCCUGGCCGUAAGCGAGAGUCCGGGAAUGCGGAGUCCCCAGUGCACGUGCCCCGAUACGAUGACUCGGGUGAAGGAGCCUUGCUGUUGACAAACGUGCCUUUGGAUCUCCUGGACGUCUGGCAGCGUGAGAACGGCCACAAAUGGUUGGAUGAAGAUCGGACGGUCGUGGGAAUGUUUUUCCUGCCGCCCGGAGCCGUUGACGCAUCAAAGCGAGUGGUGGAGAGAGUGAUAGAGGCUGAGGGCAAGGGCAUGCAGGUGAUAGGGUGGAGGGAGGUACCGGUGAACAAGUAUGCGCUGGGGGUGUAUGGCAGAGCCACCAUGCCCUCCAUCCACCAGCUCGUUCUCUCCACACCCGGCUAUCCCGACGACGAUCCCAAACAUGCGAAGACAGAUUCGUUUGAUGAUAUUCCUAUGGGGUAUCCUGAUCUGAUAAGGAGCAUUCAUCUCGCUGCCAACGGAAAGGCUGAUGACGACGAUGACGACAAAUACCGGGAGGCAGGCCGGGAGGUUCCGCUGGAGCCGUUUAGUGAAGUGCAUGUGUGUUCCUUGGCAAGCAAGUAUCUAGUGUACAAGGCCGUGUGUAGGAACACUGACCUGGCGGAUUUUUAUCCGGAUCUGAAGAGUAGCACCCUGUUGCAGCGGUUGGACCACGAGACUACGGUGGGGGAGUGCGUGAUGCAGGCUUACACGCUCAUCAUGGGGUCAGCAUACCGGUAG